UCUACUACUCCGUGUAGUCUUUUCAAGACGGAUUUGCGUAGUGCCGGUAUACUUCGUUUGUUUCUUCGUGUUUUCCAUACGUCUUUUAGGUGUUUUCUUCGUGUUUCUGUCAAAGAAUUUUCAUAGAUACCAUGUUGGGAGAACUUUGUCACUCAACUAUAAAUUUUUUCCCGAAUUGAUCAACAUGUUUUUGAGCCGUCUUAUGCUGUGGGCUUUCUCCAUCAUGAGAAAGAAAACGGCAGUCCUGUUGACGUGUAUCCUAGGGCUAUUGUUUUUCAUCUUCAAUAUGUGGAACGUCGUCUCUUUGGAUUCAAAACGAGAUUGCCCCGACGUAGUGCUAUUGCAAAACGACUCCCGACCUCUAGUCUACGCCGCAUUUGGAAGGAAGUUGGAAUCAGGAUACCUGGAACAUGUUUUUACCUUACUGGAAAGAGCCGGUUAUAUUCGCGGGAGCAUUUCAUCUAACUGGGAUGUUUUAUGGUCUUAUGAGUACCCAUUUAGGGUCUUGAAGGAUCACCUAAUGAAUCUCCAGCAGCAUCAAAAGGUCAACCAUUUUCCUGGCUCGGGAUUUAUCACAAACAAAGUUAAUUUGGCUACGUCGGGCUUGCCGCACGUUCCGGUGGCUUUCAAGAUCCCCGAACAGAAAGCGGAACUAAUUUCUUACGCGAAAAAAAAACCGGAAAGUUUAUUUGUCCAAAAAAGCAACAAUCAUCGAGGUAUCAAAAUUCAGCCACUGGCUAAGCUUGAUUUGAAAACGCCAGGAACGUUCGUUCAGGAGUACGUCCGCAAACCACUCCUGAUAGAUGGCCAUAAAUUCGACAUUGGCGUUUACAUCAUCAUUUCGUCCAUUGAGCCGCUUAGAGUUUACUCGUAUAACGGUGAUAUUCUAUUCCGAUUUUGCCCUGAAAAAUAUCAUCCCUUUGAUGAAAGUAAGGUGGAUAAGUACGUGAUUGGAGACGACUACUUACCAAUAUGGAACAUUUCUUCGUUAAAACCCUAUUAUGCGAACUUAGGAUUUGGAAUGAAGGAAUCCUUUAAUGCCUACCUUCAUAGCACAGGCAAAGACCCCAAAAUCAUUUGGCAUCAAAUUGAUGAGGCACUUCGGAGCAUGCUGUUGAGACGAGAGUUAUCGUUGGUAUCGGCUUCGGCGAAAUUUGCCUCCUCACGCAACUUCUUUGAAAUGAUGAGGGUGGAUUUCGUUGUCGACGAAGAUCUUAAUGUUUUUAUAAUGGAGGCAAACAUGUCUCCAAAUUUAUCUUCGCAGCACUUCCCGCCCAACAGGCUGCUCUACGAGCAAGUUAUCUUCAAUGUAUUGAAACUAAUCGGUAUUAUUCCUUCAGGAGGCAAAACUUCAGUCGGACAUUACGAUGAGCUGCUGUCACAGCCUGAAGUAGCUCAUAAAGAUUUGGCCGUGUUUCCAGAGCGAUGCUUGGCUGCCCGUUGUGCUGAUUGUUCCAGACUGGAAUGUAAACUUUGCAAGCCUUGUUUAACUGAUUCGUUAAAAUCCGUUUUGAUUGAGGCUUUCAGGGAGCAUACGCGUCGACACCUGUGCCGCCGAAUUGUUCCGCCAUCACUGCUGCCAGAAGAAAUUGAACACGGUGUGAAUGUAGAAGGUCUAACCGAGAUCAAUCAAUUGAUGCAUCAAUGGUUUCACGGCAAAUGCCUUUUGGAAAGUUCUUGGUGCUAGCACAUUUAGUUCAAUACAAAUUCCACAUCAUGUUCGCU